AUGACACCUCGUAUAUCGUCUGCUCACAUAUUGUACACCAUAGCAUACAUUAUCACUGGUGGAUGUGGAGGAAUUGGAGGCACAGUAGCCAAGUCUAUCAUUGCCAAAGGUGGUUACGUUGUCUCAUUCGACAUCCUUGAGACUGAAGCCGGCGAAGCCAAAGUGAAGACCUACCACCCCGAGCGAGCUUUCUACUUCAAAUGUAACAUCGCCGAUCUAGACUCUGUUGUUGCUGCAACCGCCGAAGCCCUCAAAGUCAUCCCCAAAGGAUCUCUCUUCGGAGCUGUUCACUGUGCAGCUAUCGCUCCUGGCCGACAAUGGAACAACAAGCUUGUCGACAGCUGUAAGACCUUCACCAAAGUCCUCGAAGUGAAUGUCUUCGGUACAUUCGCCGUAAAUGCUGCCAUUGCAGAUGCCAUCAAUUCCCAGUACCCUGAUGAAGGACCUUUCGCCCCUAGAGUCACUGAAGAACGAGGUUGUAUUGUGAACAUCGCCUCCGUUGUUGCUCAACCUGUACCAGCGCGAUGCUUGACCUACGGUGUUUCAAAAUCGGCCGUUCUUGGCAUCACCCAAGGUAUGGCUGACUUCCUUGGCCCCUCUGGUAUCCGAGUCAACUCAGUCUCCCCUGCCGUGGUGGCUUCAGGUCUCAUGAGUUCCGAUCGACUGCCUUAUUUCCAAGGAGAACUUGAGGCUGGUGUCAUCUUCCCUCGACGAAUUACUCAUCCUGACGAGAUCAGCGAUGCCAUUCUAUUCUUAUUGGAGAACUCGAUGAUGAAUGACUUCAACAUCCGAGUGGACGGUGGAUGGAGAGGAAGCAGCAACUGGGGUGGACCCAAUGACCCCCGAAAGAACGCUUUGUCUUUGGAGUAA